AUGGCUCCUCUAGCAGAAACGGCCAACCAGGUCCACGAGAUCGCCAAGCGAGAUUGUUAUGAUGCAUACAACAAUUACUACUGCUAUUCCGCCUGGUACUACUACGGCCGCUGGAUCCUACUAGGCGUGUGCAUCCUCUGCAUUUUCCUCUCGGUCUUCCUCAUGGCACGGAAAAACUCCCGUCGUCGUCGCAUGCAAGGAGCGGCACCCGUGUACGGAACUGGCUGGAUGGCUCCCGCUCCUCCUCCCUACGCGCCUCCUCAGUACUCCGCCCAGCCGCCGCCCGGUAGUCAAGGAGGGUACUACGCACCAAAUGGCCAUGGCCCGAAGCCGGAGCAGAACGGUCCUGGCGCGUAUUAUCCCAACCAGCAGGAAGGUGUCCAGCUCCAGCAGCCGCAGAGCGCAUACCACAGAGGUCCCGAUGAGCAGUACACCCCGCCUGAGGGCCCACCGCCUAACCAGACCCCUCGGUACUAG